AGGAAGUAGAAAGCAGGAAGUAGACUGCAGGCAACUAGAUGGCAAAUAAAAAGGAGAAAAACAGCAGGGCGCCAGGUCAGUGCGUCCAGACCGAAUCCUGAAAACAGAACAUUGUGGGUAAGGCGGAUGUACAACCCUACCGAUCACAUCAAAGGAGAAGUGCAGGCAUGAAAGUCCAUCUUGGAGGAAACCUCCUUCACAAGUGCCUGGUCCAACGCGAUCUUCCCAAGACAAGACUUUGAUCCUCAUUGAUUUUUUAUUUUGGACAUCAUGGGACGGAAAAAGAAAACCUUACACGACUACGCCGCCGAGUUCUCGGACUUGGCGGUCAGGAGGCAUUUGCUUGAACGCAAUGACACCGGGGAGACCACCGUGGUGGAGACGCUGUACUGUAAGUCCUGUGAGAUUCCGAUGCGGGUCAGGAGGGACCGGAUUUUGGAGCACCUGGCUUCGGGGAGGCAUUACCGGAACAGGCGGCUGAUCAAACAGCACUGGAACAGAGCCCCCAUUUUAGUCUCAACUGGUGGUGAUCAGGUUGGCAAUAUCCCAGUGCCUCUAGACUCGGCAUGGCACCCUCAGCCCUCCUUCGUGCUGCAGUCUAGCUCCAGCAGUAACUCUGUUAGCACCACAAACCUGGUGCCAUCGCCUCCUCCUCACCAUCACCCCUCCUGGAUCUCUGGCACCCUGAACCCCAUCAGCUCCACCACAAACAUAGUCAGCAGCAAAGAAGAUCCAGCACCGUCUACCUCUUCCUCACUCCCAUCAUCGUUUGGCACAAGCCAUGUCCAGAAUCCAUCCAUAUCAUACAAACACAUAAACCAAAGGCAUGUCAUUUCCGAAGCCACCAACAGCAUGGCUCCCGGGCGACCAGUCGGCAGCUUUGGCUCACGCGGCAGUGGCAUUGGAUUAGCAGUAGUUGGCGUGGGUCAUGGAAGCAGGGCGUUGUUGAGAAGCUUAACAGAGGAACAUGGCUGUUACCUGCAUUACAUUGUAGAGAAUCAGUUGUCUGAAGUGGAGAAAGCCUUCGGGGGUGGACUGUUGACCAAAACGAGAGUAUUGCCCGAACAGGAUGUGGACAUUGCCCUUGGCGACCAACGUGUGUCUGGUAUCGUCAUCUGCUGUCCGCCUGUCGCAGCGGCCCGCUUGACCCUGGAAGCAUUACGUGCUGGGAAAGCAGUCCUGUGCGAGAAUCUCCUCAGUACCAGCACACAGAUUGUAGAAGCAUGCUUCGAUGAGGCGGAGAAACGCAGCAAGCCGCUAGUAUGCGGCUUUUACAAGCGGUUUGACCCAGCGCUAAAGUACUUAUAUAAAAAACUUCACGAGUCCAGCGGCCUGGGAAGAAUUCAGAGGCUUUCUGCAGUCAGCCGGCUCUAUCCUCCGAUUCCUCUCAGCAGGUUGAAGAUGUCAGGAGGCAUCUUCUAUAGCACGGCUCUACACGACAUCGAUAUUGUCAACUGGUUGCUUGGAGUGAGUGUUCCAGAUACCGUGUUCUCCCUGGGACAUGCCUUCUGUUCUGAUCUGGGCACAAUGAAGGACGCGGACACUGUGAACAUCAGCAUGAAGUUUUCCAGCGGAGCCAUAGUGAGUUUGGACAUCAGUCAGCACUGCACAAAAACCUGCGACCAAAGGCUGGAGCUGUACGGCUGUCAGGGAUCAUUGCGUCUAGACAAUCAGAAUCCUCUGUGCAUUAUAGAGAAUAACUCGUCUUUCCCAACCCUUUCCCAUUCACAUCAUGAGAGGUAUAGAGAAGCUUACAAAGAUCUCUUCCAGCACUUUAUACGCACCAUCAAAGGCAAGGAAUGUCCAGCAGUCACCAAAGAACAAUACCUCUGCGCACUGCAGAUCGCGGCGGCGGCCGAGCAGUCAUGGCGGAACGGAUCAGCUGUAGACCUGCGGAACGAAGCCGUAGAUAUAUCCAUUAUAAAGACGGAGGUCAUGUGAUCUGUUGGGAAGCAGAGGAAGGGUUUACAUUCUGAAUUAGAAAUCUUUAUUAUUUUUUAUUUUUUUUUGGCGUCAAAGUUCUUCCUUUUCUCGACCUGCAGAAACGGUCGCUUGCACUUGUUUUGACUCCGAGGUUUUAUCCAGAUGGUGCUUCACACUGACUGCUGUGUCUCACAUCGAAAUCUGAGGUCUGAUUAUUCAUCUCUCUAUGAAGGAUAACAAAGAAUUCACAGCGGUAUUCACUUCCUACAAAAAGAGCCUAAGAGGCGAUGUGGGCCUCUCUUCCCGUUAUGACUUCCUUCUCUGAUUGGCUGAGGUGCCCUGCUGGAUUCCUCUUUCCUGGUGACCCCCCGAUUGGUUAAUCUUUCUGCCAGAGCUCAUUGCUCCUUUCCGCCUUAAGACCCCUUUCACACUGGGGCGGUUUGCAGGCCCUAUUGCGCUAAAAAUAGCGCCUGCAAACUGACCCUAAA